AUGGCUCCACCACCACUUACCUUUAAGAAUGCCUCUUUCAGCAGUUUUAACGCAUUCUCCACCGCCGCAUCGCCACUAAGGAACUCGUUUACGUUGUCAUGUCGGUCCCCCAUCACACCAACACCGGGAGGCAGGCGGGCGGGCUCAACACCGAAGCAUGGAUCAUUCCUGGAGCCGCCAAGGUCACUUGCGGGCCUGGGAGCGAAGAGUGGCCUGUCGACAGUGGUCGGGAAUGAUGGGUACGCGUACGAUGAGGACGAUGAGAGUGUCUCGAUAGACUCACCAACGGACCAAACGUGGUUCCUGCCGCACUCGCCGGGGCUGCCCCCUCAAACACCACCAGCCCAACUGGACGAAGGGAAGCUUGGCGUAUUGUCCGCCAUCAACAUAAUCGUGGGCAAGACGAUGGGCGUUGGCGCCUACACUGUACCCUCGGCCAUCUUCAGCGGCGUCGGGUCCGUUGGCAUGACACUCCUGCUCUGGGUCAUCGGCAGCCUCAUCUCAUUCUGCGGGCUGGCGGUAUACCUGGACCUGGGCACAGCAAUACCGCGCUCGGGCGGCGAGCGCGUGUACCUCGAGCGGAUCUUCCGCAAGCCCUACAUGCUGGGGACGUGCAUGUUCAUGUCCUACGUCGUGCUGCUGGGCUUCUCGACGCCCAACGCCAUCGUGCUGGGCGAGUACGCCCUGUACGCGACCGGCACGGAGCCCAACAGGUGGAACGUCCGGCUCAUCGCCGCCCUCGCCGUGUCGCUGCUGUGCUACGUCCACGCGCGGUGCCCCAGGAUGGGGCUGAGACUGAUCAACACCCUCGGGGUGGCGAAGAUGGCGAUCCUGGUCAUCGUGGUGGUUUCUGGGGUCGCGGGCGGCAUCAUGGGCGUCGGCGCCGACCGGGAGUCGGCGAUCAUCGAGGGGCGGAGGGUCGACCUGGUCAUGAGCGGCACUGCGCCGUCGUCGUCGGCGCAGCGCAACUUCAGCGACAUCUGGGAGGGCACAUCGACGCAGCCCUACGACUACGCCACUGCGCUGCUCAAGGUCAUCUACUGCUUCCGGGGGUACAGCACGGCGAACCAGGUCCUGAGCGACGUCAAGGACCCGGUGCGCACGCUGAGGAUCGCGGCGCCCGCCGCCCUCGCCUUCGUGAGCGCCGCCUACCUCGCCGUCAACGUCGCCUUCUUCCUCGUCGUCGACAAGGACGAGUUCCGCUCCGCGGGCGUGGUCGUCGCCGGCACCUUCUUCCGCAAGGUCUUUGGCGACACCCUCGGCGAGCACGUCCUGCCGCUCUUCGUAGUCGUCUCCGCCGCGGGCAACAUCGCCGCGACCAGCUUCGCGCAGGCGAGGGUCAACGAGGAGCUCGCCAAGCAGGGCGUCCUGCCGCGCCUCUGGCUGACGGACCGAGGCCACGAGUUAGCCGCUGCCGACCGAUCAAGCAGCCCGAGCAAGAUCCGCGGUCUUGCGGCCUCGCGGAACAACGCCGCGUCCCGCACCCCUUCGCGCGGCCUGCUGCUCCACUGGCUAGUCUCCGUGGCGAUGAUCGUGCUCCCUCCCCCGGGCAAGAUCUACAACUUCCUGGUCGACAUCGGCGGCUACCCGGUGUCGGUCAUCAGCGUCGCCGUCUCGCUCGGCCUCCUCCACCUGCACGACUCCCCCUCCGAGCGGUGGGCCACGCCCUGCAGGGCGCCGCGGGCCGCGAUCCUGGUCUCGGCCGCGAGCAACGUCCUGCUUCUCGUGCUGCCCUGGGUGCCGCCGCAGGGCGGGAUGGGCGAGGACGACCAGUUCCCCUACUUCACAUACCCGGCCACCAGCCUGGGCGUGUUGGGCCUCGGCGCGCUGUACUGGUUCUGGUGGAGGACGACGGAGCGCGGGAGCAUAGAGUCGUCGAGGUCAGGGCGUCCCAUCGCACCCACAGCGGCCCUCGGUGGGCUGUACCACGGCCUUGGAGAGAACGACUCGGGGGCGUUCACGAUCCGGGUGGCGGAUGAUGAUGGCGAGGGCGAGGAACCCGACGUUGACGACGACGACGAUGAUGACCGCAGUGAGACGGUAGUGGGCGAGGAAGAGAAACGGCACAAGUCCUUUGAGAUGGUUGACGUCAGCGGACGCGAGGUCUGCGGCUGUCCUGCGUGCCCGGCGGUCAGGAAGAGGCCACGAUGUGGGUGCGACGCCUGCCCUUCGAAGGGCCACUAG